GGACAAAAUAAGGACAGAACUGCUAUAGUUUUAAAUAUUCCCAACACUAUCGCUGGUACCUCCAAGAAAAUACUCUGCAACGUCUUCAACUAAAAUAAGAAAACCGCUAUGAAUUUCACCGAUAAGGGAAUCCAACAGACAGAGACGGACGAGGGGGCUGUGCAUAUACCGAGGGUUUCCUCACUUCCACAUCGGAACAAACCGCUGAAGGGAACAAUUAAAAGAGCUGCUGCCAAGCGAAAAACAAAAAAAAAAAACAACAAAAUGCACGCCUGUUUUUAUUCGAAACACGGUAGGAGUCUGACCAAAAUGGGAAUCGGUUUUUUCCCAGAAUCCCGCCGGCAAUCUCUCUCUCUCUCUCUGUAUUGUCUGCAUGUAUCCGACCUCCUUUUCUCUGUCAGUGUCUGUCAAGAAGCAAAGCUCAAAGAAACGUACGUUUUUCACUCCCGGCAAUUUUUGUUUCGUCUUGCGAGUUUUAGCGUGAUAAGCCUACUGUGCUGAUGUGCUUGUGAUUGUGAAAAAACGGUUGGCAUUCAUUCCAAAAGUGAAGUACACUGAUUCUCUAUUUCAAUGUCGAGCUUAUUGGCUUUCGGUGAUUUUCAGUUGAAGACGAUUCCACUUGCUCUUUUCUACUUUCUAUUCGCCAUUCAAACAGAAUGUCAACAGCUCGAAAUCAUUCCCGGUGACAGUGAACAAGUGGUCCAAGCCGGUUCACACUUGACACUCACCUGCACCUAUCAAUAUGUAAAUGAAUACGACAAAAGGGAAAACAAUAUUUCUUGGAUCUUGCCCAGCUAUCUUACCAGGAAUCCGAAAAGUGGCGUUGAGAAACGCUUGCUCAAGACUUUUAACAGGAAUGACACGCACCUGAGUUCGACGAUGACGUUAAUGAAUUCCAUACCUGAAGAUACGGGCUACUUUGGUUGCGUCGAAAUCUUGACGUGGAACACAAUCGGGAAAAUCAGCCAAUACGUCUACGUUCACAGCGAUACAACUCUCAUAAUCGAUAAGAUGGACGACAAGUACUUAUUUCCCAAAUUUGAGCACCGACAAGGUGAAUCUCUUCUCAUCCCUUGCAAGCCCACCCAUCCUAAUGUGACAGUUUCGCUGAGUCGUGAGAAACUCAGCACAAAUGGUGAAUGGGAUUGGGAUAAUAUCACGGAUUUGUUAUCGCAACCGGAUUCUAACUGGGCGUUCGAACCGAAACUCGGCAUGACACUAACAAAUCCGAAGAUUAAUGACUCUGGAGAAUACGGAUGCGUUGGGAAAAUGGACAACGCCGUUAUUUACGAAUACUUCUCCAUCUACGUCUUGGGAAUGGAACUGACUCGAAUAGACGAGAUUGACGAUACGCUACAAGCCUGGCUGGAUGGUAGUAACGCCACUUUUAUUUGCCGUACUUCUGCUACCUCAGAGUUUCCUUCGCAACCGGAAUGGGCCUAUCAAAUCGGCGACGAUGGAGAAAUGCACGUCUUAAACGAGUCUAACCCAACCGAAGGUAUACACAUCCAGUCUACAAAUUAUUAUAGCGGAAUGGGUUACACCUUUUACGAAAGUCGACUGGAUCUGUUUGAUUUUGCUAGUCAAAUACCAUUUGAUCCGUGGAAUACUUCAAUAAUUUUCAAAUGUACAGCAAAUAUCGAUACGCAACCUGUAUCGAAAACCAUUUCUUUAACAAUCAAAGAAAUAAGGUACGAUCCAGUGGUUUAUUACGUGCGGAAUCAAGAAGAAAACAACAGCACAACUGUUGCCUUUUCUGUGACUCUGGCAAUAUUAUUUGCUAUAGGAAUCUGUAUCGCUGUCAAACCUUAUUUCGACAAGAAACGGAGUGGAUUUCGAGAAAAAGUGGAAAACAACUUGGAAUCGCCAAUUGAGGAGCAAACUGAACUGAUAACGACAUCAUACGAUUCGCAAGAUAACAGACAGAUGAACGAAUCAUCAAGAGAUGAAUUCUAUUCACUAAACAAUACUGCACAAGGAAUCAAUAAUGAUUGAUGACUUGUUUCCGGUGUCAUAAAACUUAUGACAAAAAACAGGUGACCUCCCUUAUCCCACAAAAAUAUGUUAUCUGUAGGUAUUAAAUGCCAUCAGAUUACAGAAAACCAUUUCCCAUUACACUGAAUGAUGUUGACUUAAAAAUAUGACAGUUUUUGAAUGAAAAUAUAUAUCUACCUUUGAGA